AUGCAGCACCGGAAUGCUGCUCAUUCACUUACUGGUAAGAGUCCGGCAGAGCUAUUCAAGUCGAGAUCCUUACGCACGAACCUGGAAUGCAUUGGGACUGCCGACGUAACAUUUUUCAAGGGUAACGAUCUACGUCCAUCUACUGGUGUUGUUAUUGGGAGGAACGGGAAUCGUAUGGUCACGGUUCUUGACCUCGAAGAUCUCUCAAGUCACAGACGGCAUGUUGAUCAGGUCGAAUUCAAUGCUAGAGAGGGUUUACACGAGCUAUUGUUCCGACACAAGGAGGAUCGCUACAAUGUAUUCCAAGGCGAUGGCUCUAUUUCACAUCGCUGUACAAAAGUUUGCUUUACUGAAAAACAACCGCCGGUUGGCUAUAUUUGA